CCGAGCUCAUUCACCACCCCAGCCAGUCCCGAAUGCGCUCAUUGAAACCGCGACGCGCCCUCCGCCACAAACACCACAACCACGUUCUAACUCGCAUGGGCCUGCGCAACGAGGAAUGAAGCUCCGAUCGCCGCCCGGUCUGCACUAUCCCAUCACCGUCGUCGAGCUUGCUCGGAAGCACGAUGAUGAGAUCCAGCGCUCGUCGCCGCUCUUCACUUACUACUACGAGAGUGUAGUCACUGAGGGUAACAAGUAUGGCGAGACUAAUGAGGUCAAGAAGAAGUUCCCCGCCAAGUUCGACUCCUCUGCCGACGGCAUCAUCGGCCAGUGGUUCAUCAAGAAUGGCACCGUCAUUCACCGUCCCGGGGUUGAUCUCGUUGAAAUAGAAGAGCCCUGCACUCAUGAGAUCCAGUUUGGCUCCUUGUGCGCUAAUUGCGGCAAGGACAUGACUGAGGUUGAUUACCUCACCGAAGAGCGCAAUGUCGACCGAGCGACCAUCAACAUGACCCAUGACAACAUCGCCUUGCUUGUUAGCCAGAAGGAAGCUGUUCGCGCAGAGGAGGACUCUAAGCGUCGAUUGCUUGGUGCCAAAAAGCUGUCCCUCAUUGUCGACCUCGACCAGACCGUCAUCCACACAACCUGCGAGCGCACAAUUGCAGAGUGGCAAGCGGACCCAGAGAACCCAAACUACGAGGCUGUGAAGGACGUUCGAAGCUUUCAGCUUGCCGAUGACAAUGUCGCCAACGUGGCUGCGAACUGGUACUACGUCAAAAUGCGCCCCGGUCUGAAGGACUUCUUUGACAGAGUCUCGACAAUGUACGAGAUGCAUGUCUACACAAUGGCCACCCGAGCUUACGCACAGGCUGUUGCGAAGAUCAUUGACCCAGACCGGAGGUAUUUUGGCGAUAGGAUCCUCAGUCGCGAUGAGAACUACACCGACAAGCUCAAGACGCUCCAUCGGCUGUUUCCGACCAAUACAGACAUGGUAGUCAUCAUUGACGACAGAGCCGAUAUCUGGCAUUACAGUGACAACCUCAUCCGCGUGCCUGUUUUCAACUUCUUCCCCGGUGCAGGAGACAUCAACGCCAGCUUUCUGCCCAAACAACAGGAACUGGUCACCUCUGCUGUGAGAGCUCCUUUACCUGAGCUAACACCAAUCAAGGAUAGUAUAGGAGCAGAAGGUGAAACCGCCAUACCAUUUUCCGUUGCAGGAAAGCCCACUGAAACUGUGUCCACAGAAAUUUCAAAUGGCACCUUAACCGAGCUAGAGCAACAGCUGCUCUCAAUGAGUGGCGGGGAUAGUCCAGAAGUCCUUGAACAGCAGGUCAAAGAGCAAGAGAAGGUCAUCAUAUCACAACAAACAGAGCGACCUUUACUACAGAAGCAGCUCUUGCUUGAUCAGGAAGAUGAGGCAGCCGAGGCCGAAGACAGUGAGCAGCCGGUCGAGGCUGAAAACGGCGACACGCAAUCGAGCGAACACCACAGGCAUCGGCACGGUCUUCUGCACGACGACGAUAGGGGUUUAGACCUCAUCGAAGAAUGCCUGAAUCGUGUACACCGCUCAUUCUACGAUGAGUACCAGAAGAAGAAGACCGGCCCCCAGGGUGGCCGUAUUGCCGAACUACGAGGCGAGAAGAGCCCCAAGAAACGGACACUGGAGGAAUUCGUGCCCGACGUCAAGGUCUUGAUGCCAAGAAUGAAGCGUGAAGUUCUUGCCGGGACUACCAUAGUAUUUUCAGGCAUUAUACCACUAGGUUUAGAUGUGCAAUUCUCUGACUUUGCGUUAUGGAUAAAGAGCUUUGGAGCGGAAGUGUCCCUCAACGUAAACAGGCAAACCACCCAUGUUAUCGCCAACCCGGAUAGAAAGACUACCAAAGUCAAAAAAGCCGCCCGCAAUCCUCAUAUAAAGAUCGUCAACGCCGACUGGAUGUUCCAAUGCUGCACAAGAUGGGAGCGUGUCGACGAGGCACCCUACGUCAUCGAAGUAGAUACGGCCGAACGAGGAGGAUCUCCAUUUGAAGAUCUUGAGGACGACGACCUUGCAGUUACCGGUGACGAGGAGGGCGACAACGCGGACGAAGCAGUAUCACCAGUGGAGCUAGAUAUGUCAGAUGAGAAGUGGCAAUCACUCGGUGACGAGUUCCAGGAUUUUAUGGACGAAUCUGAGGACACGGACCAGGACAGCAAUUCCGACUCCGAGAGCAUUCACUCUGACACAGGCGCUUUAGCAGACUCAAAACGAAGCAAAAAGAAGAGGAAGCGUACAACUGGCUCUACGGACGUGAGUGAUGCGGAGGAUAGCGAUACAAGUGUCAAUAGUACGUCCCGAUUACAGAGAAGGAAAAAACGUGUCCUGGAACGCGUGACGUCUCUGACAAACGUUGUGUCGGCAGAUAAAUCUUCAGGCCUUCCAAGUCCGGAAACAACUGGCCCAGAGGAAGGUCAAGGUGACGAAGAUGGGAAAAACGCUGUUGCUGCCAAUUUUGGCGGAGGUGAGGCGGAAGACGAGGACGAAGUAGAGGCGGAACUGCUAGCGGGGUUCCAAAAUUCCGACAGUGAAGGCGAUGAUGAAUCGCAAGAGUAAAUAUGGAGGCGGUAUAUCGUUUGGCGUUCAUCUUGACUGCACCUGCAUAGCGAGGUGUCUGGCUUUUUGGGAGUUUAUAGCCUGGAGUGCUCUCGGGAAUACCUUCUUGGUCGAGUUGGACACUAUGAUUUUUGACUGGAUUACGGUUACAGGAUCUGGAGUGGCAUAUAAGGGGUGUUCUGGUGGACUUGCAUCCUAGAUAGAGCUGCGGAGACGCCGUCAUGUGCGCAGACGUACUUGUUAUUUG